AAAUUUGAAGACCAAAACUGACCAAGCGUAACAUCCCAGAGGCACCAUGACUACUUUCCAGACCCAGUACUAUCCCGUGGUCGCUGCUAGCUUCGCCUUUUUCCUCGGGUUCUUCCUGUAUGUGAGCCCGUGGCUGUCACGUCGACUGUCUGCUCGCUACAGGGACUUGCCUUGUCAGAAACAACUGGAUUGGGACACAAGGACAACAUCGACCUUACAUGCCCUUGUGGUGGGUCCGUGGUCCCUCUAUAUCCUACUUGUUGACACGGCGCUCAGCGAAGACCCUGUCUGGAAUGACUCUGUUGCUGCAAAGAGCUGCAUCGCAGUAACAGUUGGUUACACCAUCACAGAUGUGUUUGCCCUGACGGUGUACUUCAGGUAUAUCGGGGACAUGGCCUUCCUUCUGCACCACUUUGGGACGCUCUAUGCCUUCAUUUAUGUGCUGAGUUAUGGAACACUGCCAUAUUUUGCUGUCUUCAGACUGUUCUGUGAGCUGUCCACCCCAUUCGUAAACAACAGAUGGUUCUUGGAUGCGCUGAACCACCCGCGGAUGUCCAAGGCCUUUGUGGGGAACGGCUUACUCAUGACAGGAUCCUUCUUUUUGGUGCGGAUUGCAGUCAUGCCCAUUUAUUGGUACAAGGUUUACACUGUCAUUGAGACCGAGCCGUACCAUCGACUUGGGUUCGGCGCCCAGUUCUGCUGGAUAUCCGUGUGCAUCGUUCUGGACGUCCUGAACGUUGUGUGGUUCCGAAAGAUGCUCCGAGGCGCCCGGAAAGUCCUCAGGAGAGACACAACAAAAGACCUGAACAAAAACAUCUCCAGAGAACAGCCAGAAAAUCAGCCCAUGCAAACGCACAACGUGAACGGGAAAACGCACAAAACGGAGUGAUUGGGGUGUGCAAGAAACCAUUAGAUACAUAAAAUAUAUACCGUAUACCGACAAAAACUACAAUAUAUGUGAUGAACUGAUUACUAGUACAUUUACAGUAAAAGUACUAGAAUACAAGACAAAUGUGAUUUUGGAUUUUCAAGAAUUGUUCGUUCCAAAAUCAUAUGAUAAACACCAGAAACAAAUAACACAGAAAAUGUGUGUUGGGAUUUGGCUUCUUGUAUGAUAAAAUUGGAACGAAACCUGUAACUUGUGAGCCUAUUUUCACUACCCAAGCUCAUUGAAAACAUUGCCAGAGAUUGGAUUGAUAUUAAUGUUUGGCAAUUGUUAACAGACAUUGCUGAUGGUUUAAGAGAUUGUACAUAUCAAUAGUAGAAAUCAUAAUUUGUUAUACUAAUGUUGUUGCAUCUUUUUGUUU